UUCACCCAAGUUGCUCAGAUGGGAAAAUAUAAGACAGCAGCAUUCGUCUCUCAAAUAUGUUGUUUGACAAAAAUAAUAAUUGUUGAUUUUGAUUGUCUGACAUUGCAUUCCCAACCACCUAAACUGCUUAGUUUAAGUAGCUGUUAUUUGUAUAUCUCAAAAAAGCACGAUUUUAAUUAUUGAUAGUUUAACGUUUUUACUUGAAUUUUAUUUUCAUCAAACCCAACCGAACUUGUAAGGGCUACUAAGCAAUAUUAAAUGAAGUACUCAAAUUAGUUUUGCGCUAAACGGAGUCAUUGUGAUGACGUCAGCAGAACUGAAAAUCGCAAACAUUCUGUCUCGCGUUUCUUUAUCUCAAAUGGCGAUAGUGUGAGAUUAACAGUGUGGCUCAAUCAAACAAAAAAAUACUAAUGCUGAAAACGGGAAGAGAAAUAAUAUGUAUAAACAGAUCCAGUUCACCACCGUAGCUAAACGAGUCAUCUGUGAUUUGACCAUCCGAAAGCUUUCGAAUAUUCGCAUUUUUUCAAAAGACCUAAUCUUUCAAAUGUGCAUUUUUUAUUUGCAUUAUUUUAACUAAUUCGUAUGUAUUCAGAUAGUGCACUUUGUGAGUGAGUAGUACUAUUACGUUCGCAAAAUAUAAAAAUGCCGCUAUUUGGAAAGAAAGAUUCUGGGAAGAAAGUGCGCAAAGACACUAAAGAAUUUGAGAAACAGCCAUGCAUUGAAGACAAGUACGUAAUAAAAGAACUUCUCGGAACAGGAGCUUUCUCUGAAGUACGUCUCUGUGAGCAUCGAGAAUCGAGUCAGGCAUACGCCGUUAAAAUUAUUGAUAAGAAAGCAUUGAAGGGAAAGGAAGACUCACUGGAAAAUGAGAUACGUGUUUUAAAACGAUUCAGUGCGAAAAGGAAUGAGCAAGACUCUGAAAAAACUUGGUUUACCCACCCAAAUAUAGUGCAACUUUUUGAGACGUAUGAGGAUAAGUUGAAAGUUUACUUAAUCAUGGAACUAGUUACUGGUGGAGAAUUGUUUGAUCGUAUUGUCGAAAAAGGAUCGUACACAGAAAAGGAUGCUUCUUAUUUAAUUCGACAAGUACUAGAAGCAGUCGACUAUAUGCAUGAGCAAGGCGUAGUACAUAGAGAUCUUAAACCUGAAAACCUGUUAUACUAUAGUCCCGCGGAAGACAGCAAAAUUAUGAUAAGUGAUUUUGGGCUUUCAAAAAUGGAAGACUCGGGUUUCAUGGCUACAGCUUGUGGAACUCCUGGCUAUGUUGCACCUGAAGUGUUGGCGCAAAAGCCAUACGGAAAAGCUGUUGACGUUUGGAGCAUAGGAGUUAUCUCCUACAUUCUACUAUGUGGUUAUCCUCCAUUUUAUGACGAGAAUGAUGCCAACCUUUUUGCACAAAUUUUAAAAGGCGAAUUCGAGUUUGACUCCCCCUAUUGGGAUGAGAUUAGUGAAUCAGCGAAAGAUUUUAUCAAAAAUUUAAUGUGUGUUAAUGUAGAAAAAAGAUAUACCUGUAAACAAGCAUUGGCCCAUCCUUGGAUUUCCGGUAACGCAGCAAGUAGUAAAAAUAUACACGGAACUGUAUCUGAGCAGUUGAAAAAGAAUUUCGCCAAAUCACGUUGGAAGCAGGCCUAUCAUGCAGCUACCGUUAUACGUCAAAUGCAACGAAUGGCUUUGAAUAGUGGUGGUGGUUCAUAUGGACGGAGUUCAUCUCAAUUGAACACUACAUGUGUUAUGGAUGACCAGGAUGCCUCUAGCAGCAAAUAAGACUUCAGGAUUCACUCGGAGAAAACAGCUAUAUCAUGACAUAAAGGUUCUUCAGCAAUACCUAAUGCACUUUACACAUGCAGGAAGGCGUCAGUUAUACCUCCAUUGAAUGUAAAUAGCCCACAAUAAUUAAUCUUCAGUAUUGUAUCAAGUACAACUAGACUUAUUAAUAAUUGAAGCCCCAUUAUAUACCAAGUUGCUGUUUGUCUACUGUUUCCCAAACUUUAGCUAGUUUUUGUACAUGUUUCUACGAUAAAUAAUCAGAUCUGCAAAUAAACAAUUUAGAGAAGGGCUUCUGUUUUUGCUUUUGUUGAAUUAUAUGUUAAUUUUUAAGGCAUUGUUAAAAGAUCGAUGAAUAGAAAAGAACUUCCAAUGACCGGUCAGUGUAUGAUACUCAAAAAUAAAUUGCAUAUGUGUAAUCGA